AUGGACCACCGUGGCCGUUUGGAAAGAUGCACAAUCUUCUACAACUCACGGCAAUGUGAAGACCGGGUGGUGGUGGAGAAUUGGAUUCAAUUAUUGAUUCAUCAGAAACACAUCAAGCAUCUCAGUAUUCAAAGUCAUUUGGAACCAGAGGACAAACCGAGAAUCACACUUCACCUGCCUCCAGAGUCACUUUCCCAUCCAAACCUUGAAUCACUCUCGCUAGGUUCCUACGGCUUCAAAGCUCCACAUGCAUUCAACAACUGUUGGAAUCUAAAGCGGCUCAAACUCGAUGGCAUUUUCGCUAAGAUUGGAGUCUUGAAUGAAGUCCUUAUGUCUUGCUCUUCUCUCGAAGCUCUUACACUAUAUAUCAUUUCCUUCAAAACAAGUGGUGUUUUGAAGAUUGGGAACCCCAAAUUAAAGUUCUUGUAUCUAUCUUGUUCAAAGAUUGAUGGGGUUGAAGUGUCUACACACAGUGUGGAAUUCCUCUCCAUUGGAUCUAUCUUGUGUCCGGUUGAGAAGUUCAUUAUCGCAAACCCUAGACUACUACAGUUUAGGAGAAACUUUUGGAAUAUAGGAAAUUGCGUUCCUCACACCACCUAUGACAUAAACUGCUCCCAUCAGGAGAAGAAAAGCAUUGGGCAUGAAUUCAUGAUAAGUGAUUCCAGAGAUUUUAAGAAAAGGUUUGCAACGAUGUCGGUGAGUGUAAAUAUGACAAACACAAAAGAGGUUGAGAUGCUCAAAGAACUCUUUGUUUCAUGGCCUGAAGAAUUGGGAGAAAUUGAGACCUUGUUCAAGAACAACAAUCUUCCUGUGGAAGAAGGUGAGACCUCCAUUGGAAGGACACAUAAGAAGUUUUGGAAAAAGACAAGACAGCUUCCCAACACUGCUGUAUUACAUGCAUAUUGUGUAUGGCUAAGUAACUUUAGUGGUUCACAGGAAGAGUUUGAGUUAGCCUCGCAUUUGAUAACACAAGGGACGGUGCUCACGAAUAUGAUAAUUCGACCAUCGUCGCGUUCUCCAAGUAAGAAGCUGGAGAUAGAAACGGUAGUGGCGAAGCUAAAGAAAGUUCCAACCCGAUACGAACCUGGUAUCGUAUUGAGUUAA